AUGUUGAGGCUGUGGAGGCGAGACAUGCUGCUCUCAGAGAGGCUGGGAGAAGACUCUCCGUUGGUCGCGGUGCCUGGCCCCCUGGCCACAGCAGCCCCGACGGGACCCAACAUUUCAUGGCUACCUGAAGCCCCACAUCUGAUCCCAGAGCAGCCGAUCUUCCUCAUGACCCCUGCAGCUCAGGCUGUGUCAGGCUUCUUCGUGUGGACGGCACUCAUCCUCACCUGUCACCAGAUCUACAUGCAUCUACGCUUUUACAGCUCACCCAGGGAGCAGCGCCACAUCGUGAGGAUCCUCUUCAUCGUCCCUAUCUACGCCUUUGACUCCUGGCUCAGCCUCCUCUUCUUCACCAAUGACCAGUACUACGUGUACUUUGACACCGUCAGGGACUGCUACGAGGCGUUUGUGAUUUACAACUUCCUGAGUCUGUGCUACGAGUACCUCGGAGGAGAGAGCGCCAUCAUGGCUGAGAUCCGAGGGAAACCCAUCGAGUCGAGCUGUAUGUUCGGUACCUGCUGUCUGAGGGGGAAGGCCUACUCCAUCGGCUUCCUGCGUUUCUGUAAGCAGGCCACUCUGCAGUUCUGCGUGGUCAAACCGCUCAUGGCCGCCAUCACCGUGGUCCUGCAGGCCUACGGCAAAUACAAGGACGGAGACUUCGAUGUUGCCAGUGGUUACUUGUAUGUAACCAUCAUCAACAACAUCUCCGUCAGCCUGUCUCUGUACGCCCUGUUUCUCUUCUACUUCUCCACGAGGGAGCUGCUCAGCCCGUACAGCCCCAUGCUCAAGUUCCUCAUGGUCAAGUCGGUCGUCUUCCUCUCCUUCUGGCAGGGCAUGCUGCUCGCCAUCCUGGAGAAGUGUGGCGCCAUCCCUCAGAUCAACUCGCUGGAGGUGUCCCUCGGCGAGGGCACGGUCGCCGCCGGUUACCAGAACUUCAUCAUUUGCAUUGAGAUGUUCUUCGCAGCGCUGGCUCUGCGGCACGCUUUCACCUACAAAGUCUACAUGGACAAAAGUCUGGAUUCACAAGGUCGCCGGGCCCCCAUGAAGAGCAUCUCCAGCAGCCUGAAGGAGACCAUGAACCCAGGCGACAUGGUCCAAGACGCCAUCCACAACUUCUCCCCGGCCUACCAGCAGUACACUCAGCAGUCAACGCUGGAGCAGGGUGUGCCCCCGCCCGUCUCCCGCACCCACAGCGCCGUCAGCGCCCGCGGCGACACGGAGAAGACGCUCCUGCUCAGCUCUGAUGACGAGUUUUAAACGGCACAAACAGGCAGUGGCUCUUUCGCAGCUGAAUCUUAUUCAGACUGAUGUUUUAAUGGCGGAUGGCACUGGGUGCUCCUGUGCAGCUGGUCCUCUGUAGUGUGUGAUUGGUGGAGUCGUGUUUGUUUCCCUUGUUUUUGAGACUUAAUGAACCUAAGGAAUUUUGUGCGUACACAUUUCUGCAGCCACACUUUGCAAGCAUUUGGUUGGAACUCUGUGAGCUGAUUUUGUGUUAAAACCACCGGCUAGAAAAUGAUUGAUUGAUUCACUUGUUGCACACUUCUUACAUAUAGAAUAUAUUUGACUGAAAAGCAGAAGCUUGGUGAAGUUUAACUUCAUAUUUUAGCUCAGUCUUGUUUUCCUUCUGUGUUCAGAGUGGUUUUCUGGCUAUUUCAAUUUUUACUCCAGUCAUGAAAAUACUUGAAUAGUUGAGGUGAACUAGAAAACUGGAAAUGGAAAAUAUAAAAGUUGUGUAAAAGUUUAGAACCUUUAAUUUGAUAAACUCAAAGAAUAUUUAGAAAUGAAUUAACAAAAACUUGAGAUAAGUUGCUUUGCAAAUAUAUAUUUAUGUGCUUCAAACAGAAGCUGUUGUUGUGGCAUUAACGUUACGGAUUUAUCCAAUUAAUGAAUUGUUUUGGGGAUUUUAAGGGACGCCCUUCACUGCAGUGAGGCGAUGGAUUUAAAGGGAAACCUGUCGGAAACAUGGAUCAAUGUUGUAUUGAUAUAUGAACAGAUAAGAGUGAGGCAGAGCAGAUUAUAGAUUAUACAGUGCAUCUGCUCCAGUGGGCAGCAAGAGUGAAGGGCAGCAGCAGCAGAGGCGCUCAGGAUUACACUGGUUUAAUAGGAACGUUAUUUGAACGGCCGAGAUUAGAGCUGGAGCUGUCUCACUCAGACCGUCGACCUCUGCAGGCCACGAUGUAGGUUAACAGGAUCGGGGGGAAAGCAGGAGGAACAUAGGUUAACACUAACUUCAGCUGCUUGUUGUCUGUACACAAACAAUAUCAUAGGAAAUGAAUAUUUUUUACAUUUAGUGCCACUGGGCGGUUCAAGGUCCCACAGUUAAACAUGCUCAACCAGUCGUGAUUUAGUCACCAACAUCUUUAACACCCCCUGGAGAUCAUUAAUGUGUCACAGACAAUACAAUGAAACUUCUUGUUGAUAUUUUCAAAUUUACCAAAUAAAUUUACAAAUGCUAAUUAUGCCCACACACAGAUUUGUUAUCAAAAACUCUUCAGUAUGACUUUAAGCUUGUUUGUAAGGAAUCCCCUUGAACAUAAUUGCGGGAAAGAUACAAGUCAUUCUUUUGCCCCAAAUGUCUCCAGGGGGCUUCAUAUGUUUGAGUAAUUGAGUUUACAAAAUUCCCCAACCUCUGACUCUGAUAAGUUCUGACUGAAUUCAUAAGAAUUUCUCAAAUCUGUCCACAUUUGUCUUCUGCAUUUGUCCUGACCACUGUGGUGACCUGUUGUUUGCCAGUAAAGUUUCAGUAUUUUCAGUUUUUUUUGCUUGUUGGCUUAACUACGUUUUUUUUGCACAUUAUACUGUUCUUAUCAUGAGAGAUGAUAAUUUAAAAGCUUAAAAAACACAAAUUAUUCUGAUGUUAGACAAUACAGUUAAAAAUGUAAAAAAGUGUUUCUUUUUUCUGCUGCUUUUAUUCUCCAGUCCUCUUUUUUUUUUCAUUUACUUUCACCGCAGUUAGAGCGGGGUUAUUUUUUAACUCGUAAUUUGAGGUCUUGACUCAUCUGAAUGAGUCAUAGCAAGUCUGCCAACAUGUUUACUGUAACUACUUUCACUGCUCGGCUGUAGCGCUGUAUGAACACCAGGGGGCUGUGUGGAGUAGACAGCAACAUAUCCACUCAUAGUUAUCACUCACUUUAAGCUUCCAGCAUGUACAACAGAAGACAAGAGCUUUGUCUGAUGGCCAGUCUUUGAUUUUCUUGUGCGUGCGUGUGCGUGCAUGUGUGUGUGUAGUGGCCAUUGGUAUCUUUUAUUUCUACUUCUGUUUGACAUAAUAUUAGUUUUAAAUCAGAGGGAUAACAUGUUUGAGUGAGGAAGCCAGAGCCCAUGUUUUAGACAUUGCUGAGUCACUGGGUGGUUGCUUAUUUUUAUUAUUAUUAUUAUCAUUAUUAUUAUCAUUAUUAUUAUCCCCUUCUGGGAUUUGAAAUGUUUAACAUAACAGAUACAGAUUUGUUUAUGUGCUUCUAUAUGUUUUGACACAGACAUUGUCCUCUGUUCUUUCCUAUCACGGUAGAUAUUAUGUUAAAACCCAUUUCGAUGCAAGUUUUGAAUUAUAAUUUUUUGCACUACAGCUCCUAAAGGGAAGUUUCCCUCCUUUAAAAGCAGAUAACGUGUCACUCUCACUGCACUUUGAACGCCAUACCUGCUCUCAUUAAAUGAAUACAUGAGCAUCGCUGAGAAAACGCUGUCGCCUCUUGUUGUAAAUACACUUGUUGAUGCAGCAUGUGGACGCACGGGAGAAACAAAGACAUAGUUUUGUAUUUUCAUUUCAUUACUGUCUUUUUAUUUGAGCAAUUUGUUGAAUUUUGAUUUUAUAGUUCUUUGUAUAUAUUCAAGCUGCUCAUGAUGCUACUUUUUCAUGUCUAAUGGAUAAAUACUGCAAGAAAUAAUAAAUGAUAUUUAGUCUGGUA